AUGCUACUUGUUUUAGUCGUUUGUCAUCUCGUUGGUGCUAUCAUUGCCAAUCCGCUCAACAAGUAUCCUUUUGUUUUUCUAUUGGACGUGGGUAAUGAGGAGUUGGAGAAGACUAAUACGGAACAAGUCCGCCUGUCUAUCCCUGGCGGAUCCUUGGCGGUGCGAUAUCCCGCUGUGGGGGAAGGAGAUCUGAUAACUCACGUGAGAGUUACCGGGAUAGACUACGGCACGGACCUCAAGGCGAACAUAGUUGACGGUGGUCCAGGAUACAAGUACGUUGUCCUCGUGUUCUUUGGAAACACAGGAGUCCCUUACGAAACUGUACUAACGCUCCAAACUCAGUCGAACGCCAACAUGGACUCCGAAAGCGUUUCUAACAAAAUAUCGGACAGUUCCUAUCAGUCAAAUAAUCAAGUCGACGAGAAUAACAGCGCAGAAGACACAGAUGAUAGUGCGGACACAUCAAAUAAUAUCAGUGAAGGUGAACUAGUGCAAUCGAGUGACAACGUUUAUAACUACGCACAAGCAUCUGGGAAUGAUCAUGAUGAUCCUGGCGAAUCUGCGAAUUUAAAUGACAGCCAUAUCGAUUCCGUUGAGGACGACGAAGAUCCAGACGAAACAGGAGUAAUGGAGAGUCCAAAAAAUGACGAAGAAGAAGAAUAUCAAUAUAAGGCAGAAAAGUUACAAGCUAGAUCUAACGAGGAAUAUGCUUAUAACAGUAAAUACGAAAACAACGCAUUGGAUGAAGAUGAGUUAGGACAGGGGGUCCCAUUGGACCAAGACGCUCGUAUGUACAGACAAGAAAUAUUAUAUGACAAUACGUAUUCCGCUGAAGACCCUGUAGAACUGGAUCAAAUGUUUAAUGACGAAGAAGUGCAUAAUGACGCUGAUAAGUUCAGAGAUUCGAACAAUAACAACUUUGAUUCCGACUACGAUUCGGCUGUAGCAUAU